AGCGGCUCGCCGGUCGCGCCGGUGGUUCCUCGGCAAUUCCGGUCAAGAUGGGGCUGUCUUCCGCCGCCGCGAUCGACGGGGCGCAGCUGUGCGUCUUCGACCUCAGGAGGGGGCAGCAGGAGGGGCAGGAGCUCGACAAGAUCCUUUUCUUCCACCCCGCCGACUGCCCCAUCCUGCUCCAGCUCUCCGUCAUCGGCCUCUGCGAAGGGAUCAUCACUUUCACCAGAAUAUUUUCUCCUGAAGAUGACUGUGAGGUGAUAGAAUCGGAUAGACACUCCCACGUGUUUUACCAAGCUGAGCCAGAUAUUUGGAUGGUUCUGGUGGUAGAGAAAACUAAGGACAGCGAAUCAACUUUACGUUUCGGUGCAUUGCAAGGAAUACUUAAAGAAUCACACUCACUUUUCACAAUGUUUCAUGGACCAAUCCGAGCUUUACUUGACAGACAACCAAGUGCUGAACUUGCCCGCGGUCAUCUUCACACAUUUGUCACAGAUUAUUUAAGCGAUUUUAUUGUUGGCAAAAAGCUACAAUUGCCUACCUACCGUGAUAGCCUAACGGAGCGGGGAACAGUCCAAAUGUUAACAGUCUCACGAGAAGUGGCACUUGAAGUUCAGUCACUCACCGCAGUUCUUGGGUCAUGUCUUGGAAACGUAAUCUGCCAAUCAAUUGUAUUGUUUGAGGACCUCUUGGUGUCUACAACACUUCCCCCGGAUGAUACAUUAAACCUAUACACUUAUGCUAUCCUGAGGUUGACUCCUCGUGCUUUAUACUCUAAUGCAAAUUCAUGGUCCUAUCUGCGGAAAGGGACUUAUGUUAAUGCUGGCCCCGCUUCAAGUUCGUCAAAUGGAGCAGCUGCAGCAGAAAGGUAUCAUAGUCGAUCUCGUGACACUUCUCCUGGUGGACAAAAUCAGAUGCAUCAUAAUUUCAGGCCUCUCCAGCGUGAGAAAUUGUCCAAGGGGAAAGAUGGUUUUGUUGCUGCUGACUUUGCAACUACAGAAGUUCGUGCUGCUGUACCAUUGACUCCGAUAUUGUGGUUCCAGCAGGCAGAGGAGCGCAUGUAUCUGUGCGUUUAUCAGCACAAGAACCUUACUAUCUUACUGCUGAUUCCAGCUUCCUCUGUAAUAAAUGGAGAAGAGGGCAUUGCUCACGUCAAGAAGCAUCUUCUGGAAAAUGCAUCACAGAACAUUGUCACUGUUGAACAAAAACUAACACGGGGAUGGGGAGGAGAAAAUGCCUAUCAUGUCGCUGGAUAUCGUUACCUACUUGUUGAUCCAGACAGAAAAGUAUCAAGAGCCUCCCCACCUGGGAAAGUCACCACCUUGUCAAAGGAUUCUCUUCUUGCCCUGAAUAGGCUAAGAGAAGAAAUAGAUUUAGAGAAGUCAAGAGCUAAGAGGAGUGACCCUACCCAUGACAAGGAUUAUGAAGUAUGCAUCAGAGCGAAAAAUAAUGCAUGGGUUAUUGCUAAAAUUACUCGAGGAAGAGAACUCUACAUGGCUUUAGAGAAGGGCGGUGAAACACUUCUUUAUGCAUCUACAGCUGUUGAGAAAUUUAGCAACAGGUACUGUGAGGGGGCAUUCUCUACAGACUGAAAGCACCGGCAUGAGAUGCUCCCCCUUUAGAUUCACAAAAAAAGAAGACGACAUGCUUCCUCCUCCCACUAUCCAGCACAUGGUUUUUCACUGGAUCACUCAUGCUGUGUAAUGAAUGUGGAUCUAAUGCCAUGACUAGACUCAUACCAGUUGUACAGCUGCCUGUUGUUGCUUGCCAUGCGAGAUUAGAGGCUUCUUUAGAGAAUAAUGCAAAGCAGGAACGGCAUGUUUCUCUAAGGUUUUGCAGCCUACUGGAAUACAUAAGACCGACCAUAUCGUUUCCUUUUUUUAAUGCUAACGCUGCACUGCUGACUCA